CCGCCAUGGUCGGCCGGGAGAAGGAGCUCAGGAUCCGCUUCGCGCCGGGACGCUGCGAGCUUGUGGAGGUACCUCUGGCUGUGGAAGCCCUGACCGUAGGUGACCUGAUCCUGUGACACUCUGCAGACUUUUCUAAGAGAAGUACAGAAGAAAAUAGUAGUUGCAUGUUCUUGUUCAUGCUGUUCAGAGAAGCCUGGGUAGCCUCAAAAAUGGAAGAUGUUGACAUUCCCAGUAGGCGAGUUUUGAUCACUGGUGCUACAGGACUUCUUGGCAGAGCUGUGUUUAAAGAAUUCAAUGAAAAUCAUUGGAACACAGUUGGUUGUGGAUACAGGAGAGCUCAGCCCAGAUUUGAACAUGUUAAUCUUCUGGACUCUAUUGCAGUUCACGACAUUGUCCAUGAUUUUCAGCCUCAUGUUAUAGUGCACUGUGCUGCUGAGAGAAGGCCAGAUGUUGUAGAAGGUCAGCCAGAUGCUGCUUCUCAGCUCAAUGUGUCUGCUUCAGCAAACUUAGCAAAAGAGGCAGCUGGAGUUGGAGCAUUUCUGAUCUACAUUAGUACAGACUAUGUGUUUGAUGGAACAAGCCCUCCAUAUAAAGAGACUGAUGUACCAAAUCCCCUGAAUUUAUAUGGUAAAACCAAACUGGAGGGUGAAAAGGCAGUUUUGGAAAACAAUGAAGAAACUGCAGUACUUAGGAUUCCUGUCUUGUACGGAGAAGUGGAAAGACUGGAGGAAAGUGCUGUGACAGUUAUGUUUGAUAAAGUGCAGUUCAGUAAUAAAUCUGCCAACAUGGACCACUGGCAACAGAGAUUUCCUACCAAUGUUAAGGAUGUAGCAGCUGUUUGCAGACAACUAGCAGAGAAGAGAAUGCAGGACCCAUCAAUAAAAGGAACCUUUCACUGGUCUGGCAAUGAACAGAUGACUAAGUAUGAGAUGGCAUGUGCAAUUGCAGAUGCUUUCAACCUUCCCAGCAGCCACUUGAGACCAAUUACUGAUAGUCCAGUUGUGGGUGCUCUUCGUCCAAGGAAUGCUCAGCUGGACUGCUCCAAGUUGGAGAUGCUGGGGAUAGGUCAGAGAACGCCAUUUCGAACUGGGAUCAGAGAAUCACUUUGGCCUUUCCUUGUUGACAAGAGAUGGAGACAGACAGUCUUCCAUUAGUUUGUAACUUUUUUAGUAAAAGUAUGGUAUGUGGCACUUUUUUAAAAGAAAAAAUAGUUUUGUAUGAGUGUUCUUAAAUUGUGACAUUUAUGAGCUUUGAUUUAAUUGGGUAAACAAAUGGUCUUGCACUAGUGAAACUUAGCCUAAAAAAAGUUCAGUGACAAAAACUGAGCCUAUUUGAUGUCAUGGAUUUUUUUCCUUCCAUUUGUAGCAGUCUAAAUUAAUAUCUGUUCUUGAUGGAUUGAGGUUCUUAGUAAUGAGUACUGUGUGAUGCUAAGAAUGACUCAGAUCAGUUGCUGACUUACUUUUGGCUGAAAUAUGUUGUUGAUGCUUAAGGUCUUUGCCAUUGUUGUAUAUACAUUUCUCUUCAUUAAAACACAUGGUCAGUUAUUUUAUCAUCAAAAAUGAGUUUUUUGUUUUUAGUUUCUGAAUGUGGUGUUCUAGGGAGUUGAGCUAAGUAGGAAUCCUUAAAUGUUUGUUUUGCUUGAGCUCUGAUCAAAAUGUUUUUUAAAAAAAGUGAAACUUUAUUUUUGCAAUUAUCAAGUGUACUUUUUAUGCUUGAAAUAUUUUCAGAAUGUUCUGUAAAUUGAAUGCCUGCAGCUUUGUAUUUGUACAGUAAGUUGUAUGCAUUUGUUUUCAUGGUGAAUUACAAAAGUUAGGGGAGGGUGGGGAUGGUGGGCAACCAAUAGUUUUGAACUGGGUUUUUUUUUGGGUGGGGGAUUGGAGUUGAAAGAUUUUUUUUUAUUGGGUGGUUGUUUGUUUUUGUAUGAAAGCACAAAAUAUCUUCAUCCUUCCCUUCCCUUCUUGGGGGCAGCAUUUUCAACUUCUUAAAUUAAUGUAAGAUUAGUUGGUCAGUACAUGGGAAAUGGAGAGCUGCAGCAGCUUUUGCACAGACUGUCAGACCUGGCACUGCUGCCACUUGUUCUGGAACAGCAAGGUGUGUGUGGUGAAGGUUUGCAGCAUAAUAAAACUGCAGUAGUCUAAUAUAAGACAGUCUUUAAAGCUGUGCUCAAUAGCCAGGUAACAUGGAGGAAGAACAUUGUAAAGCUUUGCUUCCUUUGGAAGUUGUAGAAUCAACAAUAUAGAUGUUCUGAUAUUGCUAGCAGAUUAUUAGUAAAAGUAGUAAAAGGUGCAGAUGGAUGGUCAUUUAUUUUUCUGAGGCUGAA